CCUCUUGGGAAUUUACAGUUCAUGUUUGUGUCCAUAUUCGUUCCCAAAACAUGACAAAAAGACAAAGCUUUCGUUUAGGGCUUUCAUCAGAAACACAGAAAACCCAGCUUCGUUUUGUAUAUACAGCUUUCUCAUUUCUCCUCUCUGAUCCAAUAAUGAAACCCAAAAACAAUGUUUUCAAACUAGUGUUCCUCCUUGUGUUGUUAGAAACAUCAACUUUUCUCCUCAACAACGUAGAAUCCAAGUGUCUCCAAGGAUGUCCUUUAGCUUUAGCAUCCUACUACGCUCGAAAAACCACUCUCAAUAAUAUAAUUAAACAGUAUCUGAGAUCAGAUCUUGUUUCAUCAUACCAAGUUGUUUCCAGCUACAACAAACAAACGGUACUGAAUGGAAUCUACAUUCAAGCCUUCACUAGAAUCAACAUUCCAUUCCCUUGUGAUUGUAUCAAUAAUGGGGAUUUUCUGGGUCAUGUGUUUGAGUACACAAUAGUAAAAGGAGAUACUUAUGAUUCCAUUGCGACAAAAAAAUAUGCUUCGUUGACCACAGUGGAUUUACUGAGAAGAUUCAAUAAUUAUAGUGAUCCAGAUAAUCUUCCUCUCAAGGGGAAGCUUAAUGUCACUGUGAAUUGUUCUUGUGGGAACAGACAGGUUUCUAAGGACUAUGGAUUGUUCAUUACUUAUCCACUUAAGAUUGGAGAUAGCUUGCAAUCUAUUGUGAACCAGACUGGUCUUGAUGCAACGUUGCUUCAGAGUUACAAUCCUGGUGUGAAUUUCAGCCAGCAGAGUGGUGUGGUUUUUAUUCCAGGAAAAGAUCAAAAUGGAAAUUACGUGUCCCUCGACCCAAGGUAUAUAUCUUCAGGUCUAAAUGGAGUUACUAUUGGUGGAAUAAGCGUUGGAGCAACAUUUGGGUUUCUGUUGUUAGCAGGUUAUGUCUUUGUCAGACAUUCCCAAAGAAAGACAGCGAAAGUGGCUUUGUUUACAGAAAAUUCCAUAGAACUCUCAAAUCAAGACGGGAAACUUUCAGAAUCUGGAAGUGUUGUUUAUGAAACUUCAGGAUCUAGUGGUUCUGCUAGUGCUACUGGUCUUAUAGGUAUCAUGGUUGGAAAAUCAGUGGAGUUCUCAUAUCAAGAAAUAGCCAAAGCUACCAACAACUUCAGCUCCAAUAACAAGAUUGGUCAAGGAGGUUUCGGAGCAGUAUAUUAUGCUGAGCUAAGAGGCCAGAAAACUGCGAUCAAGAAGAUGGAUAUAGAAGCAUCACAAGAGUUUCUUGCUGAGUUGAAGGUUUUAACACAUGUUCAUCAUUUGAAUCUGGUGCGUUUGAUCGGAUACUGUGUGGAGGGAUCGCUUUUCCUUGUUUAUGAAUACAUUAAUAAUGGAAACUUAAGCCAUCAUUUGCGUUCCUCAGAUCCAUUGCCAUGGUCAACAAGGGUGCAAAUUGCUCUUGAUUCAGCAAGAGGUCUUGAAUAUAUUCAUGAACAUACAGUGCCUGUAUAUAUCCAUCGUGACGUCAAGUCUUUGAAUAUAUUAAUCGACAAAAGCUUCCAUGCGAAGGUGGCAGAUUUUGGGUUAAGCAAACUCAUUGAAGUUGGAAAUGCAUCGCUUAACACUCGUCUUGUGGGAACAUUCGGAUAUAUGUCUCCAGAGUAUGCUCAAUAUGGUAUAACAUCUCCAAAAAUAGAUGUAUAUGCUUUUGGGGUUGUACUUUAUGAACUCAUUUCUGCUAAGAAUGCUGUCCUUAAGACUGGUGAUCAAUCUGUUGCUGAAUCCAAGGGCCUUGUAUCUCUGUUUGAGAAAUCUCUUCGAAGGCCUGACGCUGUUGAUGAUCUUCGCAACCUUGUGGAUCCUCGACUUGGAGAAAACUACCCCAUUGAGUCAGUUUUUAAGAUGGCCCAGCUUGCUAGAGCUUGUACACAAGAUGAUCCACAGCUACGUCCUACUAUGAGAUCUAUUGUUGUUGCUCUUAUGACACUUUCAUCUUCUGAUGAUCAGGAUUGUGAUGUCGCCUUUGACCUCCCUGAUAACCAAACCAUCAUAAAUCUACUCUCUGGAAGAUAACACUUUAACUUUGAGGGCCAAGCAAAAAAAGAAGAUAUAUAUAUAUAUAUAUCCCAUUUUGUAAAUCGAGUCAUAAACGAAAUAAUAAUUUGAUAUGUGGAUUAUUGAUUAUUAGGCUUAAUAUAUUUUGCUUUGUUAGUCCUAUUUGAUAUAUAGUGUAUGAGUGAGUCAACUUAUAGAAAUAUCAGUCACUGUAUAUUAUUAGAAUUCUGUUUUAGACUUUAUGUGCAAAAUCUGUAUUAUUUCUGAGGAUUAACUUGUGUUUCUGACUUGAUUUUUGAAAUCAUCAAUGCCACCAAUGCUGCUUAUUUCUUA